AUGUCUGCAGGUGGAAAGGCCAAGUGUCAAUGUGGUCUCACUCUCAUCAUCUACACAGCUGGUACUCGAGAAAACCCAGAUAGGAGAUUUCUGAGAUGCAGAAGAUGGCAAUUUCCAGAUUCUUGUGGUUUCUUUUUCUGGAUUGAUGAACCACUUAUGGGAAGAAAUGCAGCUCAGGGAAGGCAUGCUCAAGUUGAAAGUGAUGCAAUGAGUUUAAAUUCUGAGAUUGGUAAUGGCCCAGGCACCUCUGUGCAUGUUCUUCCUGAUUUGAAUAAAAAGAUUAACAAGCUCAAGAAGAAGCUUGAAGUUGAGAGAUUCCAGAAGAAGAUUGCAUCCUUGUUCACUGUCCUUGCAAUGAUGGUAGCAGUGUGGAGUUUAUGUACUAGAAAGGGUUGA